GUCACGGCUAAAUCCUGUAAUGGCGCACUGCAUGGAAAACUAUUUCCUGUUUGCAGGUUUUUGCUGUUUAUGAAGCAGGUUAUCCACAGUACAGGUGCUUCUGAGAAGAGAUAUCAACUCUUGAAACCCCAACACAACUUGUUAACAAACCAUCUCAAUAGGACGACAAGAAUUGUAGGCGGACAGGAUGGACGGCGAGGUCCACCUGUACACGGCCAUGUUUGGUCACGCCCCAGAGAAAACGGGCAAUGAAGAUGAGGAACCGGACUACAUCAGUAUAGAUAUUGGGGACAUCCUCGAGGUGAAGGGUCCACGUCCGACCACCAAUGAUACCUGGAUGAAGGGGCAUAAUAAAAAUAAAGGCACCACUGGAUUUUUCCCUGGUAACUUUGUGGAAUAUGUAGGACCCGCUCCGAAAGUAGAACCGCCGGCGCUACCAGAAGUUCCACGGGUACCACACAGGCUGGUAGAUUGUUUCUUCCUGAGGCCGGUCAUCUGCUUCUACUGUAAAGAUUAUAUCUGGGGUACAGGAAAAGUAGGAAGGCGAUGUGACGGUUGCAAAAAGUGUUGUCACUUGCAAUGUUGGGAAGUAUACUCCAACACACACUGUAGGCGGGACAAGAAUGGCACCGUACCCCAAACACUGGACGCUGAUGUGCCCCUGAAGGAUUGGAACGUCAAUGAUGUUGUUGACUGGAUGGCUGCACUGAACAUCUACCGUUAUGCUCAACUCUUCAGGGACCGCAAUAUAGACGGCACUAUGUUGGAAGACAUGGAUGAAGAAAAACUAAAAGAAUUGGGAAUUAAGGAUAACUUUCACAAGAAAUCCAUCAUGGUAGCCAUUGAUGAACUGUGUGGACGUGAACCAGAACCUAGCAAUGGACCCGUUUAUCCCUCCGACCCCAUGGAAGCCGCGAGCUGCGGAGCAUCGUCAGAACAUCGCUUUGCGGAAUAUAGCUUCUCAUCAAUGCAAAGAUGUCAUCUUUGCGACAAGUUUCUCUAUGGACUUGUGCGCCAGGGACUCCAAUGCCGGGAGUGUGGCAUGUGUUCCCACCGAUACUGCUCCUCAUCGAGAACAUCAGAAUGCAACGUGCCAAAGAUAGAUCGCUUGAGACGACCCAGCUUCACACAAAAUUCAUCAUUUGGGGCAGAAUUAGGGGAGGAAGUCAGCAAGUGCCAUUUAGAGGCGCCGUGGAUUAUUGUCAAGUGUACGGAGGUGAUUGAGAAGUGGUGUGUUGAUCAUAAAUCAGAAGCACUUAGUGUUUAUAGGAUCUUUGCUAAGACUGAAGAAAUCAACGAAAUCAAGGCAGAAUUAAAUCUCGUGAAUGAUCCUACACAAGUAAAUCUGGCUCCGUUUAAUGUACAUUGUGUGGCUGGUGCUUUGAAAAAGUACCUUCGUGAACUUCCAAAUCCAGUCAUCCCUGUUGACAUGUACGAUGCCGUCAUGGCCGUUGCACAGCAGCGUGAACACGGAUCAUCAGACAUUACCAAGAGUUUGGUCGAGUUGAUCACAGCUCUUCCCGGUCCUCAUCAGUCGACACUGCGCUUCCUCAUGGCGCACUUUAUCCGGUUAUGGAAGAUUCAGCAUGAGUCGGAGGUGGACGACGGACUCGACAAACUGUCCCACGUAUUCUGUCACAUACUGCUUCGCCCGCCCUGGGAGAAAAUCAUUGAGAUUGUGGACAACACCAAGUACCACAUAGACAUUUUUGAGGAGCUUCUAAAGAACGGUAGUUGGGGGGAGGCGCCUCCUCCUUCACCGCCUACCAGGCCGCCCCGCCCACAGUCUCCUAUCAUUUCCUCCGAACAUUUGUCCGUCAUGUCUGCUGAAGAGAGACUAAAGGAAGCGGAGUGGUAUUGGGGCAAUCUUUCCCGUGAGGAAGUAAAUGAACUAUUAAGAGACAAACCUGAUGGCACGUUUCUGGUGCGUGAUUCAGCUACACAAGGCGAUUACACGUUGACAAUACGGAAAGGUGGUACUAACAAACUCAUCAAAAUAUACCACAGUUCUGAAGGCAAGUUUGGCUUUGUGGAACCAUUAACUUUUAAUUCUGUUGUGGAUCUUAUACAACACUACAGUAACAUUUCCCUGUCCAUCUACAACCGCACGCUCGACACCAAGCUCCUCUACCCAGUGUCCAAAAACAAGGCAGCGGAGUUAGAUACUGACAGCCUGAAGGAAGAGUGUAAGAAACUACAGAGAAUCAACGCUGAGUACUUAACAAAGAUGCACGAAUACGACACGCACUACGAGGAACACUCGAAGCUCUCUCAGGAACUCCAGCUCAAACAUCAGGCUCUGGAUGCCUUCAAGGAAACCGUGGCGGUGUUCGAGGAGCAGAUGGAACUCCACCGGAAACAUCAGAGAGAUGUAUCGCUCCACGACAUUCAAAAAUUACACGAAAACUAUGAGCUGUUGAAGAGUAGGUGUCAAAGUAUUCAUGAAAGUAAGGAGAAGUUGGAAACGGAAAUUAACCGAAAAACCACCUUGAAUAGAACUCUUAUAAGUGACAUGAACAGUUUACGACCAGAAAUCAAGAGACUUCAUAAACAGCGAGAGCAGGUGAAAAAAUUCCUUCUGGACCAGGGAGAACAGCCAGAUUCCAUAGACGCCAUUCUGCUGGAGAAUGACAGGGACCCUUUGUUACAUGAGAAAAAUUGGUUUGUGAACUGUGUCCGGGAACAAGCGGAGCGUCUCCUCGCAGGAACGAAAGACGGAACAUUCCUGAUUCGGCCGAAGGAUCAUGUCCAUGUCUUAUCAAUCAUGUGCAAUGGAAAAGUGGGUCACUGUAUCAUUGGUAACAAUGAAGGGCGCUUCGGCUUUUCUGAAGGGUUUUACAAGUUUGAUGAUGUGAAGGACUUGGUGUUACACUACCACAGAGAAUCUCUAAAGGAACACAACGGAGAAUUGGACACCAAACUCAUUUACCCUGUACACUGUCAAACGACUGGUGCUCAAGGUCAGGCCCCCUCAGAUAUAUACCUCAAAAUGCGACCAACGACGUCUUAGUGUAUGUUUACAAAUGCAGACUAUCGACAGUAUUCAAGAUAACUGUGAUUCCUCUCGUCAGUACUGUUCCGUAGAGUGUGACAGAGUUUACGGCAUAAUCCUGUGUUAGGUGGAAGCAGACAACACGGUAACCGUGGUGAUGAUGACACGACCACCAUAAAAAAACGUGCUAUAUCUCUCGUCAAGGAGAUUUUACAGUAACUGCUGAUAACCUAUAUAGUAAUAUAAGUACUAGUUUUUAUGUGCUACCCACUAGAAAACGUCUUUCAAAUCUGGUGCACAAUUGGUCAUAUGACCAUGGACGCUUUGUUUCAUUGGAUCAAGUCUACAAGACCUUUGAAGAGUCAAACUGUCUUUUCAUUGGUCAAAAAAAUUAUAUAUAUUUUAUGUUUAUUGUCAGAUGUGUGAACAAAUUGAGGCAUGUGUAACACCAUGUGAGUGAUUUACCAAAGGAUACGAAAAAUGGCAGACUGGAAUGGACGUCGAUUUAACUGUGAUUGUUACACACUAAGUGCUAUACAUAGAAACUGGAACACAUGUUACGGUCAAUUUCUUUCUGAUAUUUUUUUGCAGAGGAAAAAGAUUCAUUGGAAAAUUGAUCAUGAUAAAUCAUUAUUUGAACGAGUAGAAUAUGUGGAUGUGUUUUGUGAAAGAGUGUUUUUUGAAAACUAGGUUACGAGUAUGAAUAGUUAUAGCUAGGUUUUCUAGAGUCACUGAUUGUCAGUGAGGCAUUGUUUUUUGUUGCUGAUGUGCAUUGUACUGCAAUCAAAUUGUUAUUGUGACUGAGCAUGAAAAGGAUUUAAAUGGCAUAAGUGUGCAUUAUCACCGUCAAACUACAAGUUUGACUUUGCAGGAAUCUGCAGGACUCGCAGACUAUGCGUUGACUUAUAAUUUAGACUUGUGUUCGGUUCUGUAAAUACUUUGCUCUGGUCGAUCGAUAAAUACUGUACUCUUAUCAGUCAGUAAAAUUAUGUGCUCUGAUUGGUUAGUAAAAUACUGUAAUCUGAUUGGUCGCUGCUGAAAGGCAAACGAGAGUGAGCGAGAGUGAGACAUAGAACAACCAAAUUAUCAUUCAACUUCAUCUUCCCGUCAUUCUGUCUACUUGUAUUGGAAAACAUUGAGGUAGAUGAUGUAAUUCAGACUCCCGUCAUUCUGUCUACUUGUAUUGGAAAACAUUGAGGUAGAUGAUGUAAUUCAGACUCCCGUCAUUCUGUCUACUUGUAUUGGAAAACAUUGAGGUAGAUGAUGUAGUUCAGACUGGUGCUAUAUAUAUUAGUCAUUUUUUGUCAUUUUACUGCGGCACCAAACAUGGUUGAUGUCAGUAAAGCCGUCUUUCUCUGUAGGUAAAACAAACACAGUGCUCUUCCCCAAAUAUAAUCCCUACAUAAAUCCUGAUUCUAGUGAAACAUUACUAAAAGGAUAGUGCUAUGUAGCGGUACAUGAUAAAGAGACCUAAGGUGCUGGGGUAGAUUUCUGUACACCAGCGCUCCGGGCACUGUCUUCACUCAGCCAUGCAGAGAAAGAUAGCUUCUCUCAUUGUUCUGUGCCUAAUUUUCUGCUCUCUCUAAUUUCUCACCUGUAUUACUCCAGCAUUUCUUGAAGUGCACUUAGCUAUAAACUUGAAAGGACAUGAGUAUUCAGCAUACAAAGCAUACUGCUCGUACUGUCAGCAUUAUAUUAGCCAAUUUUAAAUUCUGAUAUCUAUAUUUGUAUUAUGUAUGAGAUAGUCUAACCUUUCAAAUGUUCAAAUAGUGCCCCCGGACCUUUCACAGGUUAAAAUUUCAAAAGAUAAUUUUCACACAUGUUCAUGAAAUAUUGACUUAUUAAAAUAUUACAGGUGUGUCUUCCUGAUAUAGUAUAUAAUUAUGAAUACUUAAAAGCAUGUUUACGACAUUUACAGGGCAAAUAUUAUUUAUGUGUAUAAUUUUGACGUAUUGUGCGACUAUGAGAACCAUCACAUGGCUUUCAUUAAAAUGAUAUUUUUGACGAAAGAUUAAUUCUAUAUUUUGUGAAUCUCCCUCGAGCUAUCUAAAUAAAAUGGCUUUAUAUUGUAGCAGUUUAAAAAAAAAAGAUAGUUGAAUGAGAAAACACUACAUUCCAACUGAAAUGUUUAACACUUGUACUCUGAAUUCAUCAGGGGCAGUACUACCAAAGUAACCUUCGCUUGUUUGCUGAAAUCAUUGCUAUAUUUUACUGAGAAAAGAGGGCUAUACAUAUGAUUGUCGGGCUAUACAUAUGAUUGUUGGGCUAUACAUAUGAUUGUCGGGCUAUACAUAUGAUUGUUGGGCUAUACAUAUGAUUGUCGGGCUAUACAUAUGAUUGUUGGGCUAUACAUAUGAUUGUCGGGCUAUACAUAUGAUUGUUGGGCUAUACAUAUGAUUGUCGAGCUAUACAUAUGAUUGUUGGGCUAUACAUAUGAUUGUCGGGCUAUGAUAGUUGGGCUAUACAUAUGAUUGUCGGGCUAUACAUAUGAUUGUCGGGCUAUACAUAUGAUAGUUGGGCUAUACAUAUGAUUGUUGGGCUAUACAUAUGAUUGUCGGGCUAUGAUAGUUGGGCUAUACAUAUGAUUGUCGGGCUAUACAUAUGAUUGUCGGGCUAUACAUAUGAUUGUUGGGCUAUACAUAUGAUUGUUGGGCUAUACAAAUGAUUGUUUGUUAUGUACAAGAUUGCUUUCUGUGUUAACAGUCAGUUUCUGAUUUAGGACGGAAACAUAACCACCAGCUUUUGAUUGUUAUAGCGGAAACGUUGCGUACAAGUCAACUUGUGACUUUUGGGAUGAAGUGUACCUGCAGGCUUCUGACAGUGUAACUAUGUAUGAUUUGAAUGUGUUAUGAUGGAAACAUCGGAUACCACUUUGUUCUGUGACCUAUUGUUUCCUUAACUUACAUUUUUAUUGACUUCAUCGUAUGUCUGAGGUAUGUUGUGCCUAGCAGACCGAUCAGUUCAUAUCUUACACAAAUCCUACAAAUAAAAUCAUCAAUUUUA